GCGGAAAGAGCAAGAAUCAUAUCGCUGUUUCAGACUAUGGUAUUGCCUCACGCUCACUGGACACACAGUGGAAAGGUUAACAAGCGAAAAUACAGACAAAAAAAAAGAGGCGAAAAAGGUAAAUAAAAGGAAGGCAGAAAUAAGGUGGGCUUGAGAAGUAAAGCUAAACUAAAAUCAAAUGGUGCUCGUACGUUGUUGGGGUUUCCAUUCUCACCGAUUUCACCCAAGGUAGUUGGGGAAAUUGAAGGCAGUCAAUUGCUGUUGUAUCUUUAUUGUGAUCUAUUUGAAGCCUCGGGUAGUUCAUGAACUAUGGAUGUUCUCAUGAUUCACAAGAUGGUGUACAUAUUUUCCUAUGGAAUUUUAGGAUCAUUCUCCAACACAUAUCUAAUGGUUUAACAUAUUAAAGAAUUUCUUGUAUAAAACUGAUUUGAUGGCUAAAAUGUUCAUGUCCUCUUCAGGGAUCUUAAUUGUGGCUUUAAAGUUUUCACAUUGGAGAUCUCACUUCUCCUUAUAAUAGAUCCUUGAGCUCAGAAGACCUUCUGCAUCAAUGAGAAUUCAAAAGAUUGGCCAUCAGAGUUCCAAACAUAGUAAAACUUUUUCCUUAUCCAAAGCAGAAGAUAACCCUGUCUUUGGGGCAGACUCAGGUGAUGAUUCUGAUGAUUUUGAGCUCAAUGAGUUGUGCUGUGAGCUUGGCUUGGUAGAAGGUCAGCUGUGCAGCAUACCUUAUGAACUCUUUGAUCUGCCAGAUUUGAGGGAAAUAUUAUCUUUAGACACUUGGAAUUCUUGUUUAACAGAGGAAGAAAGGUUCUAUCUCUCAGCUUACCUUCCAGAUAUGGACCAGCAGACUUUUUGUUUGACUAUGAAGGAACUUUUUGAUGGCAGUGAUCUAUAUUUUGGGAAUCCAUUGGAUGUGUUCUUCAAAAGAUUGAGAGGUGGAUUCUAUCCUCCGAAAGUGGCUCAUCUCAGAGAAUGUUUGCAGUUUAUACAGAGGAAAAAGUAUUAUCAUUCAUUAAGAUCUUACCAUGACAGGAUGACAAAAAUGUUCACAGACAUGAGAAGGAUGUGGGAUCAGUAUGAAAUGAGCCCUGGUGUUGAGGAAAGGAUUUUGAUGUGGAAAAAUAAGAGAAAACAGAGAGCCAUAAAUUUGCUUGAUCUUAACAAAUUUCCCAAGGAUGAUCACCUGUUAAGUGAGGAGGUUAGCUUGCACAUGAAGGGACUGAAGCCAGUAGAACAAACGACAGCAAAAGAUGUUUUGCCUUCUCUCUCUGCAAGUGAAAUGAAAUUUGCUUCAAACUGCAGAGCAAAAGGUUUUUUAAAGAUAAAGGUAUCUGGGAAUGGCUUAUUACCAAAUCACAAUCCAAAAAUAAUUGGCAGUGACGUUUCAGAGCAGUGUCGAUCUGUACCCAAGGGAUUGUUGAAAAUAGUACCUAAAGUUACUUCUGUCCAGCUGGAACAAUCAGAAGUGGUGCAAAGGGGAGCACAAUCGACAUUUCUUGUCAGGGACCAAGGUUUACUGGAUUUUAAGUUUUCUUCCCUGCCAGCAUAUGUACACUUACCAGAUGCAGGUGGCCUUCAUGAAUCACCAUUUUUAAGGCAGAAGGUUGAUGGUGGAAGGCUUCAUUCAACUCUAAACCAACCUCAUUGUUUACUGAAUCAGCAAGAUUGUACUAUGAGAACCUGUCAUCACUCAGAGCCUACCAGAAAAAUAGAGAGGCAAAUAAUUCCUUCUUCAGAUGACAUUUCGGUUUUAGGAAAACACACUUUGUUGGCAGGUGAUAUCAGAGGAGACCCUAAUGAGGAAUUUCCACCAAUGUAUCCAAUGGGUGCAAGGAAGCAUCCCUUUGGUGUUGAAAGUUUGGGGCCAAAUUUGCACAAAGGAACUGAAGACUUUUCCCUGAGAUCCUUGGAAUCACACCCAUUUGGUAUUCAAUAUCACCGCAGGCAACAGCGAAUAGCACUCAUGAAAGACGAGCAUAUCACUGUAUAUCCAAGAAUUCUAGAAGCAGUUCCCAGAACUUCAGCCAUUUCUAAUGUUAAGCAGGAAGUGUUAAUGGCAUCUUCUUCAAAUCCAAUGAGAAGUGAGACUGACUUCGGUGCAAAAAAAUCAGACAAGUUAUUAAGUAAAUCCAGUAUUUCUGAGGGGUUUAAAGAUGAAUCCGUUCUGCCUUUGACAUACAAGCGUAGAAAGGCUCUAGCUAACACUAACUCAAUAGACAGUGGCAAGACUAUAACAGCUGGAGCUGAUUUGAGCUCUAAUCAACGUUUGGGGAGGGUACAAGAGCAGUGAAGAUGAAAUUUCUGAGGGUGGAAGUACAUGCCCUUGACCACGGAACCUUGAGCAACAAAUCAUGGACUAAAAUAGGUAUUGUUACUGAUAUAAUAAUACUAGUACCAAAUUUCUGUUAGUAGUUUUCACGAAAUCUCUGUAUUAUAUGGUUGUCAAAUGUGUAAAUGAAAUUAUAGCAGUAAAUGGUUAUUCCCCUGA